UUUCCCAAAGGUUAAGCAAAUAUCUCAUAUUAAAUUGAUGAUAUAUUCCUGGAGAAUAAUCGCUUUCGUUCGUUGCAAAAGUCAAGCAUAAUAAUCACUUUUCCUUGAUUUCGUUUAAUCCAGAAAAGCUGUCACUUUGCCCUUUGAAACAACGAAGGAAGUAGAAAGAUAGUCAACAGCGUACAAUCCCUGUCUGUCUCUAUUGAUCUUGUUUCUGAGAGAUAAAGAUUAAGAGCUACAAAUUGUUAUAAUAGAAAAGAUGUGCAACUCAGAGGGUGAGUGCAGACCCUUAGGUUUCCUAUUGGGUCUUCCUUUUGCAUUUCUCUGCCUCCUCAUCUCAAUCGUUGGCAUAGUUGUCUGGAUUGUCGGGUUGUUGCUGACUUGCAUAUGCCCUUGCUGCUUAUGCCUGACUGUAAUAGUUGAGCUUGCGUUGGAAUUGAUCAAGGCUCCACUGCACGUCAUGGAAUGGUUCACCUCUCAGAUCCCUUGCUGAGCUGCUUUCGGUUUGUAUCUUCAAUCUAGGAAGAAAAUAAUUUGGACUUGUUGAUUGAUGAUUCCCCUUCUCUUCUUGUCAAUGUUUGUGUUUUGGGACUGGGGAUUUUAAGUUCGUUGUUGAUAUUUGUGUUCUUUUAGAUUCUCUCAUCGAGAAUUCGCAGCAGUAUGUUUGAUGAAUUCCAGUUGAAUAAAAAGAAAAUUGAACAG